UGAUAUUCUUCCGCUAAGACUUAAAAAUCUGUGGAAUGUUUGAUUACUGGUUAAUUAACGGAAGAAAUUUAAAAUUUUAGUAUAGAGGAAUGUAAACUCGAGUUGUUUGUCCCCUUUUGUUUACAAUUUUUGGAUAAAGAUUGAUUAUUUGAAUUAAAAUGCCAAGCUUUGUACAGACAAUACAAUAUUAUUCAAAGAGAAAACUGUUCAGGUUCGGAGUUCCAUUUGUGUUGUUGGUUGUUGGUGGAUCAUUUGGAUUAAAGGAAUUUACACAAUUGAGAUACCAAUUUAGCAGAAAGAUAACAGUUAAGCCAGAUGAGUUAGACAAAAUAGGAAUCAAAAUGAAGAAUCCAGAGGAUGUGACACUCGAGUCUGAAUAUGAGAAGGUUAAAAACUUAGACAUCGACAAUUGGGAAAAUAAAAGAGGACCAAGACCGUGGGAAGAAGUUCAGAAAAAGUAGUAAAAAGUCUAAUAGCAUACAAUGUAUUAAUUUGUGUACAUAAUAAGACAUAGCGAUUCAAAAAUAUAGUUUUAAUGAAUUCCAAUAA